GUAUUUUUAGUAGAUGUGAAGUUUCACCAUGUUGGCCAGGCUGGUCUCAAACUCCUGACCUCAAGUGAUCCACCUGCCUCAGCCUCCCACUCUGUCACCCAGGCUGCAGUGCAAUGGCACGAUCUUGGUUCACUGCAACCUCUGCCUCCA